UUGAAGCUGACCGACCAUUUACAUCACCGUAGAUUCGCUCAAUUCAUUCAGGAACAGCCCGCUGGUUUUUCUGAAAAAAUCAUUUUUUCAGACGAAGGCAAUUUUCACUUGUCAGGGUACGUCAACAAGCAAAAUUGCCGCAUUUGGUCUUCUGAAAAUCCUAAAGCGAUUAUUGAGAAGCCUUUGCAUGCUCAACGUGUCACUGUAUGGUGCGCUAUGUGGUCUGGAGGCGUGAUUGGGCCGUUUUUAUUCGAAGAUGAGGCUGGAAAUCCGGUAACGGUCAAUGGAUCACGCUAUCGCGAGAUGUUAACAUUUCAAUUUUGGCCUAUUAUUGAUGACAUCGAUAUCACAAAUAUGGUAUGGUUCGAGUUGGAUGGAGCUCCCCCACACUCCGUACUCCUCGCGAGAGAACGGCUUAACACCAUGUUUGGCGAGCAAUGGAUAGGGCGUUAUGGCCAUCGCAGGUGGCCAGCUCGAUCGCCCGACGUCACUCCUCUAGACUUCUUUUUAUGGAGCUUUAUUAAAAAUGAAGUGUAA